AGGCGUCUCAACAACAACAGUUUGUCUGGAGAAAUUCCUAUGUCAUUAACUGCCCUUAUGUCACUGCAAGUCCUGGAUCUUUCAUACAAUGGCCUAACGGGAGAUUUUCCAGUCAAUGGAUCCUUUUCACUAUUCACUCCCAUCAGUUAUCUAAAUAAUCGGCUUAAUCCUCUUCCAGUUUCUCCUCCUCCUCCCAUUCAAUCAACACCACCUGGUCCAUCAGCAACUGUUGUCUUAUUAGGUAUUGGAGCCACUGUAGUUGUUGCUGGGGCAGUAGCUCUCGGUGCUUCUCUGCUCUUUGCUGCCCCUUCAAUUGGGCUUGCUUAUUGGCAAAGUAUGAAAUCACAGGAUCAUUUCUUUGAUGUACCUGCUGAAGAAGAUCCAAAAGUUCAUCUGGGGCAGCUCAAAAGGUUUUCUCUACUUGAAUUACAAGUUGCAACAGAUAAUUUUAGCAACAGAAACAUUCUGGGCAGGGGUGGAUUUGGUAAGGUUUAUAAAGGACGCUUAGCCGAUGGUUCUUUAGUGGCAGUAAAAAAAAUGAAAAAAGAGCAUACCCAGGGUGGGGAGUUACAGUUCCAAACAGAGGUAGAAAUGAUCAGCAUGGCUGUUCAUCGAAAUCUACUUAGUCUACGUGGAUUUUGCAUGACACCAGCGGAACGAUUGCUUGUCUAUCCUUUUUUGGUUAAUGGAAGUGUGGCAUCAUGUUUAAGAGGGCAGCCGCAAUCACAACCUCCUAUAAGUUGGCCUGUAAGGAGGCGGAUUGCACUAGGAUCUGCGAGGGGGCUUGCUUAUUUGCAUGACCAUUGUGACCCUAAAAUUAUUCACCGUGAUGUUAAAGCUGCUAAUAUAUUGUUGGAUGAGGAAUAUGAAGCUGUUGUUGGAGAUUUUGGGUUGGCUAAGCUCAUGGAUUACAAAGAUACACACGUUACCACUGCUGUACGUGGCACAAUUGGACAUAUAGCUCCUGAGUACCUUUCAUCUGGUAAGUCAUCAGAGAAGACUGAUGUGUUUGGGUAUGGUGUCAUGCUUCUUGAACUCAUCACAGGACAGGGAGCUUUUGAUCUUGCUCGGCUUGCAAACGACGGUGAUGUCAUGCUACUUGAUAGGGUGAAACGACUUCUAAAAGAGAAGAAAUUGGAACAGUUGGUUGAUGCCAACCUACAGGGCAAUUACAUUAAGGAAGAGGUGGAGCAGUUGAUUCAGAUGGCUCUUCUUUGCACACAAGGCUCACCGCUAGAGCGACCAAAGAUGUCAGAGGUGGUGAGAAUGCUGGAAGGUGAUGGAUUGGCUGAAAGAUGGGAGGAAUGGUACAAAGAGGAUAUACACCAAGAGUUUAAUCGCUUUCACCAGCAUAGUACUAACUGGAUCGUUGAUUCAACUUCCCACAUCCAACCAGACGAAUUAUCUGGUCCUAGAUGAUACCUUGUUGCUUUCUUUUGAAACUGAUACUGAUCCACAUUUGUGCAUGCAUUUUAUCUUUUCAAUAAAAGUGUGUAUAUAUAUAUUUUUGAC